AGCAGUUGCCGCCACCUCCUGCCACCUGCUGUUGGUGUAUUGCUCUUCUCUUCUGUUGUGCUCCUUGACGCGGUAAAUCGACACGUUUGGCGUUGUUGCUGUGUUUUCCUUUUCCUGUUUUUUUUAUUUUUCUGAGAGGCGUCUUUGUUGUGUGUGCGUGCUCACUGCUUCUACUCGAUGACAGGGCGUAUGCUGCUACACAUGAUCGCAUAAAGCAACAUUAUAUCUUGCACAAGCAAAACAAAGCCAAAAAACCUGAUCCCGGCAGUUCUACUGUGUGUUAUCGUCUCACAUCAUCAUCAUCAUCAUCAUCAUUAUUAUUAUUAUUAUUAUUUUGAACAAAAAGUUUUUCUUGUUGUUGUUGCUGACUGCACUCUACGCAUACACCUCCACGCACGCGCGCCGCUUCUUCUCACCCAGCUACGGCGAACAUCCUAAUCCCACCUCGUUGUGGUGCUAUGAGCGACGGCCGAGACUACCUACUGCGUGUCUGGCAGCUUGCGGAGGAGCUCGCCGUGCAGUCAGGCAAGCCUCUGCACGCUUUCCUUCUCCUUCACCACGUCCUGACGCAGCCACCUCCGCAGCUGCGCAGCGCCGGCGUGAGCACCAAGUCAGCCGCGGCGUCUUCUUCGUCCACCGCAGCCGCGUCAACACCCUUGCAUGUUCCCUCGCUCGAUGCAGAGUGGAAGUGUGAGGAGCUCGCCACUCGUGUGCGCGCGGCGGAGUAUUUGCUGUUUCCCGAUGUUGCUCGCCCGGUGGGAAGCUCACCGGCAGCGGAGGGGUUAUCGGGCAAUGCGGCGCUGCCUUUUGUGACCUCUGCUUCGCCGCCAGCCCACACGCUGAGCCGCGCUGCCGCCUUGGAGUCGCUGGAGCUGGCGGAGCAGGUUCUGGCGCCGGUGUUCGCGGCCUCCUCGCAUACGGGCAGCUCUGUCGGCGACGGCCGCAGCAAUGAUCAAAAUUCAAUUCCUCAGGACAUGUGGAAUGUACACGCAUCAGGGAUGAAGAGGACACUGCUCGACACGGCGCUUAGUGAGGUGGCACAGACCACCAUCGGUGGCAGUGGCAGUAGCCCUGCGUCUGCUCGCACCGUGUCUGCUGCAGCGCCGUCUCCGCAUUCUCCUUCAUUCUUUAAAAACGACUCUCACGGCGGCGUAGGUGUGGUAGAGACGCGUGCGGCGAGUAUGUACUUCUUCAGCGAAUCCACCGUGACGGCUCUCGCGUGGCCGCUCACGUAUUUUACCUUGGCGUGGCCCUUCUCGAUGACCUCGCCGUCCCCCACGGCGGCGGCGGCCCCUCUCUCCCUCUCUUUCAAGUCCGCGAACCAGACCAUCAUGAUCGCCGUCGCCCUCGUCGUGCGUGCGCACCUCCUGCAGGCUGUUGUGUGUCACCGCCGGGUGCAGUACAGACGUGCCUUGCAGUGUCUUGCGGAGGCGCGUAAGUGGGUGCAGCAGCAAUUCACGGAGUCGGCGCAGACCCGCUCGCUGCGGCUGCUGUGGGCGGACCUUCAAGAGCGAUGGUGUUCGAGCGCGUCUUGUUCUGCCUCCCGCACUGAAACCGCGUCCGCCUCUCCUCUUCUGUCGUGCCCGCAUCUCCCUCACUUCGAUCGCCUCAUGACGCGCCUCAUGGAGCUGGAGAGGCGUGCGUGUGAGGCGAUGAUCAGCGUGGAGGAGUGCAAGGUGCACUUUCUGAUUCUCCAGUCGUGUGGGUCCCUGCCACCCCCGCCGUUGCUGCUGCCGCUGUCGCCGUCCUACAGCGAGGGCUCCGCGGCUCUUCCCCCUCCUGCUGCUGGCAUUGAGUCCUCCGCGCACGCGCCGGACCUGCGUCUGCACUACAAGCGCUAUCACGAGAGUGUACUGCAGUUGCAUGAGGUCUCGUGGGUGUACGUGCGCCUACUCCAGUGGGUCGAAGAGGACGAAAUGGACGACGACAACGGGGACGAGCAGCAGGGUGUGCGAGUGAAAAGAGAAAACGGAGAACGUGACGCGCGCGCGGGUGCUUCCCUGCCGAGGGAGCAUGCGAGACGGGUGCAGCGUCAGUUAAGCCCCUUCUGCUUGUGUGCGCUGCAUCACGGCGGCUCUUAUUCAGAGUUCCACGAGCAGCAUGCUCACGUUGUAAGCGUGAAGGCGAAAUCAGAAACAAAUAAAGACCCUGUCUUGCGAGGGGAGCAACAACAGCGUGAGAGGCCAACCGGUUGGCUGAACUCCACCUACGUGGUCAACUACGAUAAAAGACUGGCCGCAGAGGUGCUGGGCUUUUACCACUGCAUGAGUUUCCUCUACGUUCUCUAUCAACAUGCCUCCACCGCGACCUCAGCCAGCAACAACCACAAUGCCAGUCAACGGCUUCGUGUUGCUGAAAAGGAACAAGAAGAAGCAGAAUUCUUUACUCGUUAUGCGGGCGUGCUAGCUCACACGCCGCCCUUCACCGCACGCUCUCCUUCGACCUCCGCUGCGUCGCAUAACGCGGUGCAACGCGCGCUGAUGCACUGCCGCAUCUACGCUUUCGUCUUCGGUGCCUUCUCGCCUUGUGGCGAUGACGCCGACGGCGAUUCCACAGCAGCGGCAGGGCGAUGGCGCUCCCACCUUGCCGGCGCAGGCUCCUCCUCGUCUUCUGCGCCGACGGCGGUGCACGAGGCGGGGCUUCUCUUGUGUCUCGCCGAGUUGGCGCUGAAGGACGACUUCCCCUUCGCCUUGCAGUUCUGCAGCGCGUUCAAAGAGGGUGCCGUUUCCUCGGCUCGGACAGCGGUCGAGGAGAACCGCCCAAGCGAUGCGGCGGUUUCUUCGGCAGUAAAAAAAGAAGCGGAUGAAGAGGUCGAGGGGGGUCGGCGUCCACCAGCGCAGCCGCAGUCGCAGCAGGCGCGCUCCUCGCUGCUCGCUCCACCCUCUUGGAACUGGGUCGUACCCGGACUUCGGACCAUCCUUCAACUGUACGUAGCGCUGAUGACGGUGCCGCUGCAGGCGGCAGCAACCAUGCCAGCCAGCACACCUCCGCUCUCCCCCGCAGUGUCUGCCAUGCGUCUCGCCGCCGUACCCGCCCCUACAGCAGCGGCGGCGGCGGGAACCACGCCACCGGUGCCGAUCCUGCAGGCGGGGCUCCAACGUGCAGAGCAGCUGCUCGCGCGGCUUCUCUUCACCUUAGAUCGGGAGAUGCUCCACCUGACGGGCAACGCGUGGACUCUGGCGGCAGCCCCAGCGGCAGGAAGUGCGACAACACGAUUCGGUGUACUGUCGCUCCAACCGCAGCACCGGCAGUCCAAUCAAAGCGGUGCUUCACAUCGCAGUGGUGAUGGUUCUUCUUCCGUCUCUCCUCGGUCCUUCUCACCGUGGAUGUGCGCCGAUCACCUCCAAAGCUCCCCUCCGGCGCAGCUUCGCUGGUUGGUGCAAAUAAAAGCGGCAGCCUUGCUGACAAUGGCGCGACAUCACCUGACGCAACUCUCCAUUGUCCGUGCCGUGCAUCAUUUGCGCGAGGUACAGCAGUUCGCACGAGUCUUUCAUCGUCAAGCGAAGCUAUCCUUGCUGCCGGAGAUGCACGUGUUGCUUGCCGCGGUGGCCACCUGCAUGUCCCUUCGCAGGCUGCCGGAUCUCAGCAUCUUCCAGAAGCCGCAGCUGCACGGCCAUCGACGUGGCUUGAAGCGCAGUCGUGCAAGUGAAGCAACGCUCAGCGAAGGUGAAGAGGGAGAAGGUCACCCAGACGCGGAGAUCGACGAAGAUGGCAGCGGUGAAGGCACACCCAGCACGCAUCCCGCUGACGCCGGUGAUGCCGGCUUUGUGGGGGAGGUCCUCUAUGCGUUUGCCCAAGGCUGGCCUUCGGCGGACAGCGCACCUCCUUCGUCCGCUGCCUUCUCAAUUCCUCCGCGAGAGGAGGCGACCAUCGCGCAAGAUGUCGGACUGCCGUACCUGCAUCUCCUCGCCGCCGAGCGCGCUGCCUGCACCUCCCUAUACACCCCGCCCUCCCUCCUGCUACUGCUGUACCUGAUGAAGGCGUGGGUGGUCUACCAGCUGGUGGCCACGGGCGAAGAGGUGACGUGGGCCGCGCCGGAGAGGGAUGCAGCAGCGGCGGCGGCGGAAGUAGAGAGACAGGGCACAGACGAAAUCCGGCAACGGCAGCAGCAGCAACAGAGCAGCGCCGCGGUUGCCUUGUCGCCCCUGUCGCCCGCCUGCCCUCCCCUACCGCUGCCCACCGCCUCCUACGCGACGACGAGCCUCAACACCACCGUCGAGGAUCAGCAGCGCCGUAUUGCGCGACUCGACAGCCUCACCUCGACACCGACCAGCACACCGACACUGCGCGGGCGACACGCGACGUUGCCCGCGGAGAUGCAGCGCAUUCAGCUGGAGCAGCUCGCCCUCCCACCUCCCGUCAUUUCACCUGUGAAACCGGUAGACUCAGUAGCAGGAGCACAAGAUAGCGUCGGACAUGUGCAGACCUCUGCUUUUUCUUCCCUCGCAGGUGGGGAGGAAGUCGCGACGAGCAGCGUCGCCGCAGGAGAGUCCGUCGCUGUAGGCCCUCCCCCUUCUCCCUCCGCUUCGCUCUCUUCGCCUGUUCUCCCAGCAGCCCUGCACGAACCGAAGAACGCACCGACUGAUGCCGUUGCUGCCCCCACGACUCUCUCCCCACCGGAGCCUCCCCUCCCGCCGCCACCUUCCUCGUCUUUCUUUUCUUCUGCCCAUCGCACACCGCGCAGCUCACCCAAGGUUUCAUCAAUUCCAGUGGCGCAGACAACUUCGGUGGCGCUGACGGUUCGCCACCGCGCCGGCGACGUGUUGCAGCGCAUGAUGGCGGUACUCCAGCACCACUACGAAGCCUACGCACUGUACACGACGUCAUCCGCCACACAAGUUGGGCUCUCUUCCGCUUCUCGUCCCGUUGGAGCGGUGCCCUCCACGGCCUGGACGCCGCAGAACGUCACACUCCUUCGCCUCUUGCGCGGUGCGGUGCUGCUGACGGAGGACCGCGACGAGCCCGCAGCCGUGCGAGAGCUGAAAGAGACGACGCACUACGCGAAGCAGCACCUGGGUGUGCUCCACCCCUACGUAGCGGACGGUCUGGCGUUGCUCACGAACGCGUACGCGUCUUUGGACGUGGACACCGGCUCCAGUGGAGGAAACUCCUUGGCGAGCGGUACGGGCGAGGGAACUUCGCCUUCGUCAUUGCCGCAGGACAGCGCUACGCGUACACGUCGCGUCGCCGUGCAAUUGGCGAUGCGGUGCAGCUGCACAGCUCUUGCCUCUCUAGCACUGUCUGGCAACACAUCGAGUCCCUCUCCUUUCACAAAGCCGCCAACAGGAACCACAAGUCGUGGUAGUGGUGUUGGUGAUGGGGAGGGGAGCGCGGCAGCAGCGACGGUGGAUGCUUUGGACAGCCGUGACAGCGAUAACCACAUGGGGGGCGCCUCUGCCCUACCGCCGCCGCAGCAGCAGCAGCAGCAGCUCACCGUGCUGCACAGCCGCCUGCGUGAGUGGUGGAGCACACAAGUACUGGAGGAGUUGUGCGGUAAUGGCAGCGUGCACCGUAGCAUGCGUGCGGUGAAGCAGCUGCGGAUUUUGCUUCAUUGGCUGCCUGAAACGGCUGAAAAACGGUUGUGA